CUUGUGUCUAAGCAAUACAAGUUCAUAGGCAAGCAAGGAGCCAGCCUGAUUGCUGCUGUCACACCAUGGACCUUCCAGGUUCAGCGCAAAAAGAAAUCUGAAGAGGAGAACUGAAGCAAGGAGGGGCAGUAGGAACAUCAAGAACGCCUGAGACAAGAGCAUCUUCUGGAGUGCCAGCUGAUUGCUGUGGCAGGAUGGAUCUAUGGGGCAAUGCCGCAGGAGAGAGAAGAGCUGCGGCGAAACCUCUGAUGUGGGAACAGGGCUUCCUGAGAGUUGCUAAAGUGCUGCUGUCCAUGGUGCUGAUGCUGCUGGCGCCACCUACAGUCAGCGCCCAGAAUGACACGGAACCCAUCGUGCUGGAAGGAAAGUGCCUGGUGGUCUGUGAUUCCAACCCGUCUUCAGAUGGAGCAAUUACUUCGUCUCUGGGUAUAUCAGUGCGUUCUGGAAGUGCCAAGGUGGCUUUUUCUGCUAUUAGGAACACCAACCAUGAGCCCUCUGAGAUGAGUAACCGCACCAUGACGAUCUAUUUUGAUCAGGUGCUAGUAAAUAUUGGGAACCAUUUUGACCUUGCAUCCAGUGCUUUUGUAGCGCCAAGGAAAGGCAUCUAUAGCUUCAGUUUUCAUGUGGUCAAAGUGUACAACAGACAGACUAUCCAGGUAAGUCUAAUGCAGAAUAACUACCCGGUAAUUUCCGCGUUUGCUGGGGAUCAGGAUGUUACCAGAGAAGCGGCCAGUAAUGGGGUGCUUCUGCACAUGGAGAGAUCUGAUAAAGUCCACCUAAGACUGGAUAGGGGCAACCUCAUGGGAGGCUGGAAAUAUUCGACCUUCUCUGGCUUUUUAGUAUUUCCAUUAUAAGGAGAGAGCAAGACAGAUUGGACAGUUCAUCCAACCAUUAAUGUGGUGGAACAAGACCUUAUCUCCAACAUCCCUCCCAGAUUGUCUCUGUAGAAGAACAGAAUUCUCUUCUAGGUAACAUAUAAACUAUGAUAUUGACAUUUCCUUGGGAAACUGCGCCUCUAAUUAGUUUUAGACGACAGUGAUCUUUAGGAUAAAUGAAAUUAUCGACCUGAGCAAUUUGUACCUGUGAUUGUAAAGUCAAUAUCGGAAUUUAUUGUUGGGGACCAUUGACUUUUUUUUUGUUGUUGUUCUGAGACAAAUACGCGGACCCACAAGAGUUGAUAGGAGGCAUCACCAAGAGAAGAUUCCAAAUCCGUGUCCUUGCAAUGCUUCUUUUAGUGUUUGUAUAGCCUUAAGAAACGAAUGGCUUGAGUCUCAGUAAUGUAUAUUUCUUUUGGAUUUCUGGACAUGACUGUGUCAAGAAGUGCUUUAUACAAACAAGCGACAUUUGCACGAUUGGAAUUAUCUAUUUUGUUUGGUGUUGUUUGUGUAUUUCUUGAUAGAUAUAUAUAUAUAUAUAUACAUAUUAUUUUUCUUUUCAGGGUGCUGAGAUGUAAAUUAGGUUCAACAAUACAAAAAAAAAAGUAUAUAGCUGUAAAGAAAAGUAAAGCUUAUCCAUUAAAGCUGUCUUCUUUCCAAGUCUUUGCUUGAGUGCACACUCUGAGACUUUCUGGAACAGGUGGACAGCGCUUAGGCGCUCCUUUGUCAGGGGUCUCCUCCACACAGAGCUGACUAGUUCAGCACUACCGCAGGGCACCGUCCAGGGGACUGCUAUCACCUCCGACUUCUGAGAAUUUCAGCCCCGCCAGACUGGACAGCGCACAAGCUGCCCCUCCCGAUAAUUCCUAUUCCUUGGGGAGGCGUAAAUCAUUCCACACCACUAGAAAGAACAUCACUACUUCUUCCUGUCUGACCUCAAUUCGCUAGCACCCUUGAAUAUGUUCAAAUUACUGUCCAAAAUGACACCCCAAAGGUGCUAGCUGCAGUCAUUUGCGAUCUAAAAAGAUGAGCUAGGGUUAAAUGUUAGUCUCCUGUUGGCAUGCCUAAGUAGACCCUCCAAGAGUGAGGAGUCAGACUCCCAGAAGUCUUUGCUCCUACUAGAAGAUGACAAGGCUUUGCCUUAUAUAUCCUUAAAGGAAAAUAUGCCCUAGAUACAGUACAUCUGUAUAGCCAUUUAAUUAAAUGGUUACAACUGUAUUAUUAUUGUACUGAUCCUAUUAUAUUGAAUUAUCCUCCUUGCCCUUGUAUGGAGCACAAACAGCACCCUAUGAUGUGACUAUAUAACCCUUAGCAGGAGAAGAAUCCUUAAUAUACAAAACAUAUAUUAAUGGGCUUCAUUUGUCAUACAUAUUCAGGACAGCUACUGCUCUGUUUCUUAUUUCUAUAUGACAGCUCAUAUUCAAAUCCUAUGAACCACAAAGCUGAAAGCCUCUUGCAUAUUUCAUUGUAUAGAUUUGGAGAUCAAUAAAAAUGUUGUAUCUAUGACAUUUGUUUUA